ACUGUAGUUGCUCCAGAGCAAAACCUCUGUUCCAGAGACGCGAAGAGCAGACAACUGCGUCAGCUACUGGAAAAGGUGCAGAACAUGUCACAGUCCAUUGAAAUGCUAAACCUGCGUACACAACGGGAUUUUCAGUACGUUAUGAAGAUGGAAAACCAGAUGAAGGGACUCAGGACGAAGUUCAGACAGAUUGAGGAAGAUCGUAAGACUGUUAUGGCCAGAAACUUUAAGGAGCUAAAAGACAGAAUGGAUGAGCUGCAGCCUCUGAUCCCUGUGCUGGAGCAGUACAAAACGGAUGCUAAGCUCAUCUCUCAGUUCAAAGAGGAGAUCAGGAACCUGUCGGCCGUGCUGACCGGGAUUCAGGAUGAGCUUGAGGUGUACAAUUACGAGGAGCUCUACCAGCGAGUGAUAAGCCUCGAGAGCCGCCUGCGCAGCUGCAUGAGCAAACUCACAUGUGGGAAAUUAAUGAAAAUCACAGGACCCGUCACCAUCAAAACGUCAGGCACCAGAUUUGGCGCAUGGAUGACUGACCCAAUGGCAUCUCCUAGAAACAACAAAGUAUGGUACAUGGACACAUACACCAACAGCAAGGUGGUGAGAGAGUAUAAAUCCAUAGAAGACUUUGUCUCAGGUCAGGAGUCUAGAACCUACUUCCUUCCAUUUAAGUGGGCAGGCACAAACCAUGUGGUCUACAAUGGCUCUCUAUACUACAACAAGGAGCAGAGCAACAUCAUGGUAAGGUACAGCUUUGAGACAGGUCGAGUGCUGACACAGAGAGCACUUGAGUAUGCUGGCUUCCACAAUGUCUACCCUUACACCUGGGGUGGUUUCUCUGAUAUCGAUAUCAUGGCUGAUGAGUUGGGUCUGUGGGCUGUCUACGCCACCAACCAGAAUGCCGGGAACAUGGUGAUCUCUCGCUUAGAGCCAGAGACUCUGGAGCCUCUUCACACUUGGAACACAGAGUACUCAAAGCGUAAUGCUGGUGAGUCAUUUAUGAUCUGUGGAACACUAUAUGUCACCAACUCACACUUGACUGGUGCCAAGGUCUACUAUUCCUAUGACACCAAGACAUCCACCUAUGAGUAUGUGGACAUCCCUUUUCAUAACCCCUAUUUUCAUAUUUCCAUGCUUGACUACAAUUUCCGGGAGAGAGCUAUUUACGCUUGGAACAAUGGCCACCAAGUGAUCUUCAAUGUCACACUCUACCAUGUCAUCAAAACGGAUGAAUCUUAA